CAAUACUGGAUUCUUCACUGUAAUGCACUGAAAUGUUAAAUAAUUUUGAUUUUGUAGGUUAAAAAAUAAUUCGAAAAUGUACCGAAACCAAUUUUACAAUCAAGCUUUAUCGUAGACUGUUAUUUUUUUUCUUAAAAUCCCUCCGACAUACAAAAUAAAAGCCCCCGGAAGUCCAUUCAAUGAUCGUAAACACAUGGCUCGUAGUCGUCUCUGAUUCUCAAUUAUGCCAAAAAUCUCCGAGAUAAAGUUUCCCAGAGAAUGUAAGACUCUUCCUGAAGGCUUCUGGUCAGCAGCAGACGUGUGGAUAAAGAAACCUCAUGUUGUGAACAAACGUCUUUGCGGAGUUAAAGAAACGGAGAGUAAGGAUGUGAGCAGAGAGGACUUGCGAUUGAUGCUGGAUGAUCCUGACCUCUUUCAGGAUGUGUUGUUCUUUCUCACCUGCGGGGUUUCAGCUGCACAGACACACGAAAACGACCAAGCGUGGCCCUCCGGUGUCAGAACAUUUAUUCCUAAAGUAAACUGUUAUGAGACAUGCCUGCAUAAAGAGGUUAUACUGAGAGACUUUAGCAGACAACACGUGACCUUCCUUCCUUUCGAGGAGGAUGCAGGAGGAAAAGUGUCUUUCAAGAAGGGCAACAUAUAUAAGAUUCAGCUCUGCAAUCAGGACUGUGAGGAAUGGGCCUUGGAGCUGCACGUGUUGACGCCGGAUGCGUGGUUCUGCGACGGCGUGGCCUACGCCAAACUGCCGUGGCUGACCUCCGAGCUGCUGCCCAAACUGGUGCGCUGGGCCGCCGAGUGCAAGAGCAGCGAGUUCAGGAGCACCUUGUCCCUGCUGCCGGUGGAGAAGUACAGCCUCGUGUACCAGCAGCUGAAGGAGAAGUACAAGGCCAUGGUGAAGGUUUGGCCCGAGGUUACAGAUCCUGAGAAGUUUGUGUACGAGGAUGUUGCCAUAGCUACGUAUCUCCUGGUGCUGUGGGCCGAGGAGAGAGCGGAGAAGGGUCUGACCGACAGACAGUCCUUUGUGGACCUCGGCUGUGGAAACGGCCUCCUGGUUCACAUAUUGGCAAAUGAAGGGCACCCUGGAAAGGGCAUUGACGUCCGAAAGAGAAAGAUCUGGGACAUGUACGGCCCCCAGACUCAGCUCGAGGAAAAGGCAAUUACUCCCAGCGAGAGCUUCUUAUUCCCGGGUACAGACUGGCUGAUUGGGAACCACUCGGACGAGCUCACACCGUGGAUCCCUGUUAUAGCAUCCAGGUCGUCUCACUCCUGCCGCUACUUUGUCCUCCCCUGCUGUUUCUUCGACUUCUAUGGAAAAUACCAGAGACGCCAGUGUAAGAAGUCUCAGUACAAGGAAUACAUCGACUUCAUCACUGAGGUCAGCCAAGUGUGCGGCUUCAACACUGAGGAGGACUGCCUGAGAAUACCCUCCACCAAACGGGUGUGUCUGGUGGGGAAGUCCAGAAACUACGAGCCGUCUGACGAGGCCGAGUCAGAGCUACGGCGAGAUCGUUACAUCAAGAGCCGCCAGAGCGCCCCUGGGGUCGCAGUUCAAAGGUCAAACGUCAGAAAUGACGGGGACUGUUGCCACGGGAACGCAGACAGUGACAGGACCCCCGGGGAUACCUGGGGAGCCGGGUUCCAGCCUCGAGAAAAGGUUGAAACGGUUAGAAACUGCGCCGGUCUCCCGCGGGACUUUGUUGACGGUGUUGUCCUGCGGGUGGCUAAUGUUCUUCUGGGAAUGACUGCGGGUGACGGCAGAGGGUCCUGCAGUGACUGGAACCGAGGAGGGAGUCUUUCAGUGGGCGAGGUUGUUGGGCUGCUGGAUCAGGAAACCCUGCAGCUGCUGAAGAAAGAGUGUGGAGGCCUUCAGACGCUGCUCAAGAACAACCAUCAAGUCUUCAGAGUGGAAGGAGGGAGAGUCUACAUUAGAGACUGGCGGGACAGGAAAUCCUCCAGGGUGGAUGCGAAGAGGAAGCCCGUCGCCCCCGGCGCCCUGAAAACCCGUCCCUGCUGGUUUCACGCCCACCACGCUCAGGGCUGCCCCCUGCAGGCCGAAAACUGCGCCUUCGCCCACGGCCCAGACGACCUCCGGCCCUCGACCAAACCCCUGAAGAAGAAAAGGAACGACGCGGUGUGAUCGACUGUACUUGAACUCUUUUAUUUACUUUAUUCUUUUAAAAGGCUGAGCUCUGUGUGGCGACGCCCAGCCUCAAAGAGGACGAGUUUUAUUGAUGUGAGAUUACAUCAUUUGUGGGAAUUGAGGGCUUCACAGUUUCACAGUGUCCUGUUUCUUCGGUGUGAGGCUGCCAGCUGAUGGUUUCACCGCUGGGCCUGGCUGACACCUCUGGGUUAUGUUAUUUAAUGAAAACGAGGUUUCAGCCUCCGUCUUUCUGUUCAGUUUUAAUGCGUUUUGAAGCUCAGAAUCUCUUCAAAGGACGAUCAGCCCUGUCAUGGUGUUUCUUAACAUCCAGAUGAGGGGUUUACCAAGCACUCUGAGUACUUUUCAACUUUUUUUUUUUCCCCCUCCGCCUCAUAUAAACUUUAAAAGCUUCCGUCUAUGCUCUUGGAGUAUUUACCUCGGUGUUUCCCUCAGACAUUUCAUUCACUUCAGACGCGUACUUUGAGGUUCACAGGCGGGGCGGCGGAUAAAGGCCGGACAGCGUUUGAACAAAGUAAAUGUUAGCAGUAUGAAUUAUUUGUUGGCAGGAGUUGAGGGGUGAGCUGCGUGUCGCCCCCUCUAGAUGGGUGCUCACUGCUGUGCCUCUAACGCAGGCUGCCAUCGCCCCAUGGCUCAAAUGUCAAAGACAGUAAGGCCCUCCCGGGGGCUGCAGCGGGGCACUGAGAGGAGCCUACUCCGGGGCUUCAUUUGUUUAUGUGGCCAGACAAUAAUCAGACCUCUGGCACAACACAGCACAGUGGCAGACAGAGUUUAUAUCUGUUUAAAUGUGAAAAUUGACCUCUGAAUUAAAGGUUAAUUUAACACAAA